AUGACUAAACUUAUCUCCGUUAAUGAGUGCGAUGUCCAGGAUGCACAUUCAAACUUGGACCAGAUUGAACUAUAUUCUACGAAAAGAGCAAAACUAGACAAUGAGAGAAACCCGAAAACAGGAAAGUUGACAAGACCAUGGCACUUUGAAGUUGUCCCUGGAUUUUUCAAGCAGGACGAUGAGGAAACAGAUGAUGCUACCUUUGAUUUUAUAGAUGAGCAUUUUGGAUUGAAGUUGGAAUCCUGGAAAGAUGUGAUAGAGAAGGUCAAAGAGCUGAAUGCCAAUGCAAAGAAAAACGAGGAGUACAAGCUCAUCUUCUUUGCAAGGCAUGGACAGGGCUUUCAUAACAUGGGUGUUGAACUUGUGGGGUUGAAAGACUGGGACAAUUACUGGUCAAAAAAAUGUGGAAUGACACUUGAAGAUGGUACCAAAUUUACAUGGGGACCGGAUCCAAAGCUUUCGCCCUUGGGAAGAAAGCAGGUUUCAGCUGUUCAUGAGGCUGUUGAGGCAGAAAUCAAAAGAGGUAUGCCUCUUCCAACCAAAUUUUUUAGCUCUCCAUUUACAAGAUCUGCCAGCACUCUGGUGAUAACAUGGAAGGAUCUUUUGAUCUGUAAGGACGGUGAUAAAGAAGCAGAAAGCAAGUUACUUGGCGAGAGAAUGCACCCAUUGGUGAAAGAAGACUUGAGAGAAACUAUCGGUCUUCAUAUGUGUGAUAAGCGUGCAAAGAAGUCCGAUUUCUUGAAGGUCUUUAAGCAGUGGGGAUUUACAGUGGAAGAUGGAUUCCCAGAAGAGGAUAUUUAUCACAAGGAUGAGUGGAGAGAGCCGUUAUCUGAACAGAGUUUGAGAGCCGACAACUUCUUACAAUUUCUGUAUGAGAACUACCCGAAUGACAGCACUGUGUACACGGCAUCGCAUGCAGGCGAAAUUAGAGCAUUCAUUACCGCUUUGGGACAUAGACAGUUCACCAUUCCUACCGCUGGACUGAUUCCAAUAGUUGUGAAGGGUACUAGAGCCGAGGACUAA